AUGAAUUAUAAACACGAUGCCGAACAAAUCAAUAGUUCAAAUACUGCGUACAAUGACAUAAAGGAGAACGAUGAGGAAACCAGCAAUGAUAUGAUGGAAAAUGAGAAAUUAAAUAAAACAAAUCAAUCAGCUGGGGAUACUUGGAUUCAGUUUAAUAGAGAAUGCUGUGGUCCAUUUGGUGGCUUUGGUUUUGGUGGGGGUGGUGGAGGGGGCGGUACCAAAAGAUCUAGCCGAAAACCAAGAGUACAACAAACCCUAGAUAUACGAAACUUCGUGUUUAUACUCUUCGUUACAUGCCUUUUGCAUUUCGUCACUAUUGGCUGUUAUUUGUACGCCAAAUCGGUCGCAGAAGCAAAGUUAGUUAGAAAGAAACUCUUUAUAGCAAGUUUGCUAGCUGGUAUAAACAUAAUGAAUUUCGGCUUGGCAGAGAUAUCGAUUAUGUUCUAUCCCAUAUUUAUUAUAGCCGGUGGAGUUGUCUUAGCGUUCUUUGUAGCCGAACUUUGGAAUGCUAUGUGUUCUGUGUGUGAGGCGUUCAUGAUAGUAUUGCAGCUGAUCGCGAAGGAGAAAAUAGACACCAAUGACUUCGAUAUCCCCCUAACAUCCACACUGUUGUAUACAAGUCUUUUCAAUCUUCCAUUACAACUAUGCUCGAGCAGAGAAGAUGAAGAAUAA